AAUAUUUCCGUUUCCCAUUUUUGGUCUUUCUCCCAUUACCCAAUUUCCAGUUUUCCCGAUUCCUAUUCUUUUUUUCGCGAUGAGAGAAAAAAGAAUUCCGGCAAUGGUUCCGCUUGAGCCGUUAGACGCUGCCGGAAUUCAAAUCCCAUAUUAUUUUCGGUGUCCAAUUUCGCUUGAAUUGAUGCAAGACCCGGUUACCGUUUGUACGGGUCAAACCUACGACCGUUCGAGUAUUGAGGCCUGGGUAGCUACCGGGAAUAUUACGUGUCCGGUCACCCGGGUCCCACUUGCCGAUUUUUCGCUUAUUCCUAAUCAUACACUCCGCCGUCUUAUUCAAGAGUGGUGCGUUUCGAAUCGGUCUUUCGGCGUUGAGAGAAUUCCAACACCGAAACAACCGGCUGAUCCGUCGUUAAUCAGGUCUUUGUUAAACCAGGCUACUUCCGUUUCCAACCCGGUUCACAAUCGAAUUGCCGCGUUGAGACGACUCAGGGGUUUCGCUCGUGACUCGGAGAAGAAUCGGUCUUUAAUUGCCACACUCAACGCUAGGGACGCACUCGUCUCCGUGUUGUUCAACUCAGAUGAGUUCGAGUCGUCCGAGUUGAAACACGAAUCGCUCGCCCUCCUCGCCAUCUUCCCUCCAUCGGAUGCCGUUUGCACGUCGAUUGCAUCCGACCCCGACCGAGUUGGUUACUUGGUAAGUCUAUUGUUCCACCCAUCUUCCAUCGAUGUCCGAGUCAACUCGGCCGCUUUGAUUGAGUCGGUGAUAGCUGGAACCAAGUCGGCAGAUCUCAGAUCAUUUAUCUGCACCUCCGACGAAAUAUACGUUGGAGUCAUCUCGAUUCUCACAAACCCGAUACCUUCCCCACGCGCGUUGAAAAUCGGGGUGAAGACGCUCUUCGCCCUUUGUUUAAGCAAGCAGCACCGCCACAAGGCAGUUUCCGCAGGUGCAGUGAACGCGCUAAUAACGCGCCUUACCGAGCUUGACAAGUGUGACUGUGAGCGCGCACUUGCUACCGUGGAACUCCUUUGUAGAAUCCCACAGGGGUGUUCCGCAUUCGGGGCCCACGCGCUUACCGUCCCACUAUUAGUUAAAACUAUCCUUAAAAUAUCUGACAGGGCGACGGAAUACGCCGCUGGCGCGUUGUUAGCACUCGCCUCCACUUCGGAGAAGUUGCAAAGGGAGGCGGUCAACGCAGGAGUCUUGACUCAAUUGUUGUUGUUGGUACAAAGCGACUGUACUGAACGCGCUAAAAGGAAGGCACAGAUGUUGUUGAAGUUGCUCCGUGAUUCUUGGCCAGACGAUAGUAUUGGGAAUUACUCUGAUGAUUUUAACUGCAGCGACGUCGUUCCGUUUUGAAAUUGAGAAUUUUUUUUUUCCUUUUUGGAGGGAGGAUUUUUUUAGACAUUUGAUUAUUAUUUUGAUUUAAUUGAUUAGGAGUUAUUUUAAUUAUAGGAUUGAUGGAGGAUAGAAAAAAAAUAUUGGAAGAGAAUUUAGUAGAUUUAUUAGAUAUUUGUAGGGGAUGGUACAGAUGUGGUUUUUAAUUUUCGUGUAUGUAAUUUUAUUUUUCCAAUUCUAGAAAAAAAAAUUGUAUCUAUUGCAUUUUUUGUUAUUUUAAAAAAGUAUUAAGGUCACCUAAUACAAAAGGUUUCGAAAGAAUUAUGUAUUCAAA